AUGCUUAUCUCUCAAACUAAACCCGGGCCGAACUAUUCGGAGCGGGAACCCAACAGUGACACCGAGACGUUAUGGAAUGUCGCCGUGUCGGAGCACAAGACUCGGAGAAAAAUUGAUCUCUCAGUCCUCCCCCUCUUGCUACUCGGCAUGACGGUGUUCCAACUGGAUCGCAUGAACAUCGCCAGUGCCCUAACCGGCGGGUUUGGCAAGGAUAUACACAUCGACCAGAGCACAGUCAAUCUAGGGAACCAAUUGAUGUUUCUAGGUAUCAUUGUGCUGGAAAUUCCUUCCAAUAUCGUUCUGCAGAAAAUCGGCCCCGAUAAAUGGAUCCCCGCGCAAGUCCUCGCAUUUGGAACCAUCGCAACUUUCCAGGUUUUCCUGCGCAAUCGAACAGGCUUCCUAGUCGUGCGGAGUCUGCUCGGGCUCGCCGAAGCAGGAUACAUCCCGGCUUCCCUAUACACACUAUCAACAUGGUACGAGAACACCGAGCUCGCAAAACGAAUCGGCAUCUUUUUCUUCGGAAUGUUCGGUGGAAACGCCAUCUCGCCUCUUAUAGGGGCGGCAAUCUUGAAAUUAGAUGGGAAACACGGCCUGAAGGGCUGGCAGUGGAUCUUCCUAGUCGAGGGCAUCUUCACCAUCACUACAGCAAUUCUUAUCCUGCUACUUCUGCCCCAAAGCCCCUCAAACCCGAGACCAUAUCUCCUAGACCGCGGCGUGAUAUCCUUUUCCCCGGAAGAUAGAGAUAUCCUCCACAUUCGAACCUCCCAAAGGGAAGAAGAAGGAAAAGGCGAAAGCGAAAAUCCCUCCAAAACCGACCACCCCUCCCCAAGAUAUAAGUCCAACAUCAAGAAAGCCCUCUUCAACUACCGCCGCUGGCCCCAUUUUCUCCUUGCCCCCUGCGUCUUCUCAACCUGGAGUCCACUAACAACCUACACUCCCACAAUCAUGAUGACCCUAGGCUUCACCCGCCUACAAUCCAACGCCCUGACCGCAAUCGGCGCCACCCUAGCCCUACCCCUCGUCUUCCUCUUCUCCUACAUCAGCGACCGCACCACCAAACGCGGCCUAACAGUCAUCACCGCAGUAACAUGCUAUCUGAUUGUGUUGAUCGUGUGUCGGUGUCUUCUUCCUAGGGUAGAAGGGAAAUGGAGUCGAUUCGGUAUCUGGACUGUGAUUAAUGCGUUCGCGGUUUGUUAUCAUCCCGUGCAUAAUACGUGGUUGCAGCUUAAUUGCCAUUGUGCGGGGGAGCGGAGUAUUGCUAUUGCGUAA